CCUCGCGUCGCCGCACCCAACGCUUGCCUCCAGUCCUCCAUCUUCCCGGCGGAAACCUACAGACAUGCCUGCAGAGCGCGCUGGUUACACGGUGACGAUGUUCCUUAUCGACGUCGCACCGACAAUGGGCAAGCUCAGACAGGUCGAAAUUCCUAGCACGAAACCUGGAGAGUCAACCAUCGUAGAGAUGACAAAUCUGGAAUGGUCUCUGCAGUUUGUUAUGCUGAAGAUUCAGGAGAUGGUACGCACGGCAAAGUGUCCGCUUAGCUGAGGCUAGUGUUGUUGAGGGCCAGGCUCGGAAGCCCGAGCCUGGCCUAGCCCGGCCCAAGCCGGCCCUAGCAAGCCUGGCC